UGAGUGAGGAUCUUUUUAGAGACCUUUGUCAGAUCUUUGGAGUCCCAAAUAUUGAUCUCUUUGCUUCCAGACUAAAUAAACAAGUGCCUCGUUUUUGCUCAUGGAAACCUGAUCCAGAGGCAGAACACUUUGAUGCUUUUUCAAUAUGUUGGUCUCAAUUUGAACUCAUCUAUGCCUUUCCUCCCUUUGCUCUGAUUGCUAGAUGCCUCCACAAAAUACGAGCAGAGGCAGCAAGGGGAUGGUUGAUUGCGCCAGUGUGGCCAUCCCAACCGUGGAUGGGGACUCUGCUCAGGAUGCUCGUUCAGGAACCGCGCCUCAUACCGAGAGGGAUGAACACACUGCGUCAGCCAUCCACAGGGGAGGAGCACCCCAUCCUGAAACACACCAGGCUGAUGGCAUGUCUCUUGUCCGGCAACAGCUACGAGACCGAGGCAUUUCUGCGGCAGGUACAGACAUUCUCAUGGCCUCCUGGAGAGGUUCAACUGCGAAGCAGUACCGGCCACAUAUCAACAGGUGGCUCCAGUCUUGCAAUAGAUGGCACAUCAAUCCCCUUACUCCCACUGUAACUGAUAUUGUAAACUUUCUGUCUGACACUUUCCACAGAGGUGUGGGCUAUGACUCUGUUAACACGGCGCGGGGAGCCCUAUCUUCGCUGGGGAUAGUUGUCGAUGGUUACAGAGCAGGCAAUCACCCUCUUGUCAGCAGGUUCUUUAGAAGAGUUUUCAACCUAAGGCCUUCAACACCUAGAUAUGCGGAGACUUGGGACGUCCAGCUGGUGCUCCAUCAACUACGAACUAUGGAACCAUUGUGCUCUCUUUCCCUUAAGGAACUGACGCUAAAACUUGCAAUGCUUAUGGCCCUCACACAAGCUGCCAGAGUGCAAACAUUACAUUUGUUACUGUUGGGAGACAUCCGCAUUAGACAGGAUUAUAUUUGUGUCUGGCUGGGGGGAAAUAUUAAACAAUGUAGGCCAAAAUUCAAUGUGCGGGCUGUGACCUUUAAAGCAUAUGCUAAGGACUGUAGGUUGUGUGUGUGUGAAACAUUGAAAAUGUACAUUACAAGAACUGAACAAUUAAGAAGUGGCCUGGAUAAGGAAACGGGAACCUUGCUUAUCAGCUUCAUCAAGCCACACAAACCCGUGACGAAAGACACAAUUGCAAGAUGGCUCAGAGAAGUGCUUCGUAUGUCGGGAGUAGACACUGAAAAGUACUCGGCUGGCAGUGUUCGUCCUGCUGCAGCGUCAAAAGCCAAGGCCAUGGCUGUGCCAAUCACCCACAUCAUGGCGAAGGCUGGCUGGUCUAAGGAGGCCACUUUUGCCAAGUAUUACGAUAAGGAAAUUGUUCCGGAACGCGACGUUUUUCAAGAAGCUGUUCUGCAGUAGAAUCUGAGCCUUGGUUG